AUGGACACUCAAGCUUUCGAGUUCCAAGAUAACUUCUCCUUCUCACUUGUUGACGGCUUACCACGAAAACCUAGCGUGCAACCGUCGCGCUUUUGGAAGGCACUAUCAUACACCUUCCUACCCAUCCUGGCCGGAGGGACUGGCAGCCUCGAAGAUGAGGGGCAGGCAAUGUUUGUGGCUGCGCAAGGCCAGCCUGGUAUCCCGGAAGGAAGGACGCUACCUCAAGAAGUGACGAACUACCAAAUCUUCAUCAAGUCAGAUGUAGUACAAACCAUCAAUCGCCCGUCAUACUCCGCGUCUAAUGGGCGAUCGUACUUUGAGCUUGUCUACAGGUACCUCCGUUAUGCUACAGCUGGUGCCGAGACCCCGGAUAUACGUAACGCUCGAGAGGCGUUAUUUGACGCAGAAGCGAAGAAGGAAGUGGCGUGGAGAGCCGCCCUGCGCGACUAUACGCCCACGGGCGCAACGUCUUUCGUGGAUGCAUUGAGUCACAACAAAGCGUAUCUGGAUGCAUGGGAGAUCGAGCAACAGCGGUAUGACGAGUACAAAUCUCUGCAAACACCGGAAAUGGAAGACAUGCUGAAGCAGCUCGAUAUCAUGAAGUCUGCAAACGACCGACUGUUAUACAAGAAGAGGUCUGUACUUGCCCUUCAAGUGUUUUCUAUAAAACUUGGCUAA